UUUGGUGCGGACAAAGUGUGCGCGCUGUCAGUCGACUAGGGAGAGGAAGUGAUGACCCUCCCCUCCCCUGUGACAAACAAACCUGGAAGUGAAACUAAGUUGAAGCGUUCCAAGUAGCUGUGUAUUUUACUGUGGUUUGGAGCAUUUUCAGCGAUAUUAGAGCGAGAUGACUUCCUAAACAAUCCCGUGAUACACAGCUUGAUCAAUCGAGAGUAUAGAAUGUUUACUUGAUUUCCAACACUUUCAUGACUAUUUCCUGGUUGAAGUUUCCUACAGAUUGGCAUAUUGACAAUAGAAUGGCAACAGCAAGGAGACGAGAGAGGUUCACUAUCUUUGUGCGAUUUAACUCCAACACCAACAUACCAGUCACUAUUGACCUACAAUGGACAGUGUUGAGGCUUAAACAAGAGAUAGCUACCAGUCAAGGAGUUGAAGCUUCAGAGUUGCGAAUAAUUUUUGCAGGGCGAGAACUGAAAGAUGAUCUUCAACUGAAGGAUGCAGAGAUUCCUCACCAAAGUGUUAUUCAUGCUAUCCGAGGUGGCCGCUGGUCGGCGAGACCUAGUAGACCUGGCAAAAUAAUGCCAUUGGCCAAAGUUAAACUUUCCACUGUGGGUGAAGAUGAAGAGAGAGCAGCGACUUCAACAGAUGGAGCACCUUCCCAGCGGCAGACCCAGUAUUUUGUCUACUGCAAGACUUGUAAAGAGGUUACUCCAGGAAAGUUGAGGGUUUGUUGCUCUCUGUGCAAAGAAGGGGCAAUUGUUCUUCAGCAGGAUCCAAGUAGUUGGGAAGAUGUUAUGAGAUCAGGAAGAAUCAGAGGAUCGUGUAAAAAAUCAGGCUGUGAAGGGAGUAUAGCGGAGUUUUACUUUAAGUGUGCACAACAUACUGCUGCCGAGGGAGACAGAUGUGUAGCACUAACUUUGAUUCGGUCAAACACCAGAGACAUUCCUUGUUUGGCCUGUGCUGAUAACAGGGAUCCUGUUUUGGUUUUCCCUUGCGCCGAUGGACACGCUGUAUGUUUGGAGUGCUUUGCAAUCUACUCUACAACAAAACUGAAUGACAGGCAGUUUGUACAUAGCGAGACCUACGGCUAUACCCUGCCGUGCCCGGGAAGUUCAGGCAGCUGUGACAGCGCGCUUAUUCCGGAGGCUCAUCAUUUCCGGGUGCUCCAAGAUGAUCAGUAUGACCGCUACCAGAGGUUCGGAACGGAGGAGUAUGUUUUGAAAAUGGGUGGCGUGCUAUGUCCUGGGCGUGGCUGCGGAAUGGGCCUUUUGCCUGAACCAAACAUGCGCCGUAUCAAGUGUGAGCAUUGCCAGUUUGAGUUCUGUAGAGAGUGCAAGGAGCCUUUUCAGCGAGGUCACUCGUGCAAUCAGAGUAACCCAAACGCAACAACAAAUGCUAGGGCUAGCAAUUACCAAGUCAAUUUAGAAAACGCCAGACGAGCACGCUGGGAAGCUGAAGCGCGACAAGUGAUUGAGCAGAUCAGCAAGAAGUGUCCCGGAUGUAAGACAAACACUGAGAAAAAUGGUGGAUGUAACCACAUGACUUGUUCUCGCUGUCGCUUUGAAUGGUGCUGGAUUUGUUUAAUUCGUUGGAAUCCCGAUUGUCAGGGUUCUCACUGGUUUAGGACGUGAACGCCAUGUCACGCAAUCUCUCAAGGAUAAGAUGCUUGCUCCACAAGGAUUUUGCUAGUCUAGGAAAACCUUUGGAGAUAUCGAGUGGAAGGAUAAAGGAAAAUUAGGUUUAUUUCUUGACAGUUAUUGAACAAUUUACAAUCUCGACCGAAAAGUAGCUAAACUGUAGAAUUAAUUUGUAAGUUUUUUUAGAAACUAUUGUAGAAACUGAAAGAGGAUAUAGGUGAUGUCUGUCGAUGAAACGGACUCUUUGACGUUUGUUAACAAAAAUGUAACUCUGAGUAUAAUAAGUGCCGACUAAAGUUGGGGAAUGCACUGGAAAAAAAAAUUGUGUUAUUUAGUGAACUGCCUUUAAGGUUAUAGUGUCGAUUGAAAUUUGAUUGAGAUACGCACUGCGAUUUAAAAUCGAUUGCGAUAAGUUCCAAGUUAACACAUUUUUAAUGGGAACCGUAGUUCAAGGAACUUUCUAUAUUCGAUGCUUCAGUUAACAAAAUUUAACACCGCUCCAUGCUUUAUCUUAGCAGUGCCUAGAAACGUGGAUAGCUGCAACCAUAACAGUUUAGAAUGCUGAACCAGUGAUUUUUAUGGCUACUGACUCCUAUGGAAGCGAAGCCAUAAUAUUGCCUAAUUUGUAACUGAUUACUACUCUAAGCUGCGCGUAUGUCUUAUUAUAUUUGUUUUCAAACAAAUCGAUUAUUUUUCGCAAAGCGUUCACCAAGGUUUAUAUAGUUUAUCAGAAGUAGCCAAUAAAGGUUGCGGGUUUUACUCAC